UCCUCCAGCCAUUCAACCACCGACCUGGCGACCCCCACCCGUGCCAUGCGACCUGACCUCGCGAGCCAUGGGCACGACGACCUUUCCUUCGGACUUGGGGCCGCCCUUCUCGCCCGAGGUGCAGAACCUCGAGCGCUCGGCAGGGCUUCCUGCGCCAUGCUUCAGUGAUGUCCUGGAGGCGCAGCGCUGGGCGGUGCAGGUGGUGCGCCAGGCGGAGACGGAGGCGUGCCGCAGAGGGAUGCGGGGCUCACCCGCUUGGGAAGAUGCCUGGCGAGAUGCCUUGUGGACCUUGGCAGUGCAAAAGCGCUGCGUGGAGGUGGAAGCGCGUAAAUGCUGCAAGAGGCCAGCAGAGCCCCUCCCGCCUGCACCCGCUCCACCGGCCUCCGCGCCGAUGCCGCCGCCGCCGAUCUCAGAAGAAGCGGCAAAGGAGGCCAUCCGUGAACAGGUGCUCCUGGAACGACGAUGUUUGGAGAUGCGCGAGCGUUUGGAUCUACUGGAAGAGCGUUUAGAGCUGCUGAGCCGGCAAUUGGAGGGUCUGGACGCAGCGGAUGCCCCGUGGCGCGAACGCUCGACCUCGCGGAGGCCCCGUGGCGCGAGCCCACCGGGCUCGGGGCCCUUACCGGCAGGCCUCGCCUCGCCGAGUCCGCCGCGUGCGCCUGAGCUGAGUGGUUUGAGCUUCAUCCUGGACGAGCGCGAGGAGCGUCAGCAGCGGCAACAGCGGCGGGAGGAGGAGCUGCAGCGGCAGGUGGAGCGAGCGGAGGCCGAACGUGACGCGGCUGCCCGGCGGUUGCGAGUGCUGGAAGCUGACUUGGCACUACUCCAGGAGUCCUUGAGAAGCUCCGAGGCCAAGCUGGAAGAGUCCUACCGACAGCUGGAGGAGUCAGAGAGCACCUGGCGUCAGCGGCACUCGGCGCUGCAGCGCCAGCUGCAACGCACGGAGCGGCAACUCUCGACCCGGGUGAGCGCCGUGUGACGCAGAGACCGAGGCGACCCGACUGCCUGCCAUGGCGUGAAGCUUCUGCUCUAAGCAAAUGAGGGGAUCUCUGAAACUCCUGGAUUGCGUAGGAGACCG